AUGGCUUCAUCUGAAAACCUGGUUCACGUCCGCAGAGCAAGGUCAGAGGGUGCCAUUCGAAGGCCAGAGAUGGUUCAUUUGCACACCCACCUGCCAGUUCACGAUAAUCUAGAGGGGCGGCAAGGACUAUACCACACAGUGGACAAUUCCGGUUUGGCGCUUAACAGUAUUGCAACUCCGUCCUUGAGAGAGCCAUAUAUUGACCUUCAUCAACCCUCUGUACGACCUUCACCAGCUGGUUCAGGUGCUCCCUUCGACACAGCGUCUCCCCCGUUGAUUACACCGCCACCUCAAACGCCGCUUCCUGCCCACCCGGAGCAACCGGAUCUCUUGGUUCCUCCUCAACAUAACACCUCCAUCUAUGUCAGAUGCUUGAAUUAUUUCGGAUUGGGUAGAAGAGCCUCACACGCGCGUAAGGCACUCGUAUCAGUAGUCUGGAAUUUGUCGUGGGGUUUCUUUCAGGUCGUUACUAUUGUCACCAUAUUGAUUUUGACAGGCACAAGACUGAAGAGUCCUACACAACCAGAGUUAACGGAAUGGAAGGCUUGCGAUCGCCCACUAGGGAUAUGGGCAUCGAUCUGGGUCGUCCGAGCCAUUCUGGCCUCAGGAUUAGCGUACUGGGAUUUCCGGCGAGAUCGCUUGCUACGCCCAAGCGUCGAUGCGGAGUCGGGGAAUGUGAACGCUGCUGCUUUACCGCAAGAUGUGUCAGUGGCAGCUUAA